GACAAAAUUCUCAAAAUUUAGGAUCCGAAAUUUAACCAAAGUAUCAGCUAUCUGCCUUAUCCACCAUCUCCACCGACUCCGCUGCCAGCUCUCGUUUGGAUCUCAUCGCCGAACUCGAAGAAUCAACUGAAUCACUUCUGGAAUUGGAGAAUCUCGUUUUGCACCCAUGAAAAUCCAUUACAUUCCUUGCCUGGAAGACAACUACUCUUACCUGAUCAUCGAUGAGAGCACUAAAGAAGCCGCGGUUGUUGACCCUGUGGAGCCGGAGAAGGUUCUGAAUGCCGCUAAUGAACAUGGAGUCCAUCUCAAGCUCGUUCUUACGACUCAUCAUCACUGGGAUCAUUCAGGGGGUAAUGAGAAAAUAAAGCAGCUGGUGCCUGGAAUUAAAGUAUAUGGCGGUUCCAUAGAUAAGGUCAAGGGUUGUACUGAUGGAGUGGAAAACGGUGACAAGAUAACACUUGGUGCUGAUGUCGUUAUAUUGUCUCUUCACACACCUUGUCACACUAAAGGACAUAUAAGUUAUUAUGUCACUAGCAAAGAGGGUGAGGAUCCAGCUGUCUUCACUGGUGAUACACUGUUCAUUGCUGGAUGUGGUAAAUUUUUUGAGGGAACAGCAGACCAGAUGUAUCAAUCUCUAUGCGUCACAUUGGGUUCAUUGCCAAAGCAAACACGAGUGUACUGUGGGCACGAGUACACGGUGAAAAACUUGCAGUUUGCUCUGACAAUUGAACCUGACAAUGAGAAGAUAAAAGAAAAGUUGUUGUGGGCUCAGGGCCAGCGGCAAGCGGGACGUGCCACUGUUCCCUCAAGUAUUGAAGAAGAAACGGAGACAAAUCCAUUCAUGCGAGUUGAUCUAAAACAACUUCAGGAGAGGGUUGGUACCCAGUCUCCAGUAGAAGCUAUUAAAGAAAUCAGGCGGCUAAAGGACAACUGGAAAGGCUAAGUUGCCCGGCAACCAAUCUCUUGUACACAGGUACAAUACUUCUUAAUAAUAAUGCUUAAUAACAUUGUGUUCUAUGUCUUGGUUGGGGACACAAUCUCCUAACAAUGAAGCUUAUGUAUGGCUGAGAAUAGGACUGUGUUGUACAGAAUGCACCUUUCAUUUCCUUCAAGUGGUAAUUAACAUGUUUCACUCUUA